AUCAGCAUCCACCCAUCUUCGACCAUGCCCCCACGACCAUUCCCCUUUGCCCUUCGUAUUGGCACUGACAUUGUCAGCCAAGCUAGGCUACGUGACCUGAUUACCAGGCCGAAAGCGGGCCAUGGCACUGGUACGCAGCUCGAUGCAUUCCUGCGACGAGUUUUCACAGAACGUGAGCAAUUCGUCUUCUGGAAGCGCUUCGCAGGAUUCCAUGUCAGCAAUACUCAACGCUUGCCCCUGGUCGUCUCCCAUCUCGCAGGAAGAUGGGCGGCGAAAGAGGCUGCAAUCAAAGCCGUCAAGCCACGCAAGGUCACUCAUCGGGAUGUGGAGAUUUUGCAGGAUCGCGAUACCAAGGAGCUGUACGCUUUGAUUCAAGACCAUCCUAAUGUACUCGGUGCACCAUACUUUCGCAUAAAACAUCUUGAUCUACAGAAUAACUCUCCCGCCGAAUCUGAAGAAAAGGAGCCCAGUGUCCCCUCGCAGGGCAGCAUGCCCAAUCUCGAGUCCCAGGAGCAGCAGGAGAAUCCAGACGAUUCAGCGGCCCAAGUGGCUAAAAUCAGCAUCAGCCAUGAUGCGGACUAUGCUACGGCUGUCUGUUUGGCAGCAGAAGACCCAAUUCCUGGUGAUGUGGGUGGUGAAGCGGCAGCGAGGCAGUUCUCUGCACCCUGAUCUGUCCAAUGUCGUGGUAUUGGAAGGUGUGAGCCUACAGUUUCCUUGCUCGCGCGUGAUCGAGACAGCACGACGUCUUAAUUACUACGGGGACUUUCGUUCGAGAAGGGGGGAAAUACAAGUUAGCCGGGAAGGGUUCUCUCUGUUGUUGAAUGCAGACGCAGUUCAGGCGGCCAUCGAGGAUCCAUCGCUAUGGUAGUUGGAUUUCAAGAGACUCGCUUCAGAACCCAAUGGCACUGUUAUUACUCCCGGCAGGUCAGACGAAUUCCCGUAUCGAUUCCAAGAAGUAGCAGUGGCUACAACUAUCAGUACCUAUACCUGUAUAAUAUCAAGUCAGCCGAGGUCAUCUCAGGUACAUCAUGUCUCUCAGACUCCGUCUACCCGUGUAGGAUAUCGCACAUAUGUAUAAGAAUCGC